GCAAAUGCAAAAGCUUGGGUAACACAACAAAUAUUUUUAGAAUGGUUUAAGAAUAAUUUUGUACCAGAAGUGAGAGAGCAUUUUAAAAAAAUCGGUCUAAAAGAUGAUAGUAAAAUACUUCUGCUAUUGGACAAUUGCCCAGCACAUCCAGACGCAAAGGAUUUCAAUGCUAAAAAUGUUAUUGUAAAAUAUUUUCCACCGAAUUGUACGUCUUUGAUCCAACCGAUGGAUCAGGGUGCAAUAUGGAGCUUUAAAUGCCACUACCGAAAAACUAUAGUACAAAAACUAGUCACAACAAGCGAUAGAGAAGAAUUUAAGAAGACAUUCAACAUCAAAAAAGCACUGUGGUCAAUUGAUAAUGCUUGGAACGCUGUUACUUCUGCAGUUUUAAAAAAUGUGUGGAAUAACUUGUUCUGCCCCGAAAAUGAAGACCCGGAAUUAAUGGAGACACUCCAGUCAAAUAACGUAAGUCAAAUAACAAAUAUUACAUACGAUUUUACUACUGAGGAUAUAGAAACAUGGCUCAGCUGUGAUGAAAAUGAUUCUCCAUUUGCUGUUCUAUCCGAUGAAGAAAUUUUACGCAUGAUAAAUUCCUCUGAUGAACCUGAGCAAGAAAAUAGGUUGGAAGAAUCUGAUGAUGAUAUAAUUGUUUCAAAAAUUACUUUAAAAGAAGCAAUUAAUGCAGCCAGUACAUUGCUAGAUUUCUUGGAGAGCCCUGGAUGUUCUGGAAUUACAGAACAAGAUAAAAUCCAAAUUUACCGUAUCCAAGAAAAUCUUGUAAACGAAAAUACAAAAUUGAAAAAGAAGAGACAAACAACAUUACAUGAUUAUUUUUAG